AUGGGAGCCCCGUUGGAAGCUCAGGAAACCUUGGCGAAGAUGCCUAAUCCAAACAGCCGUCGAUGCCGCUUGCAUAUCAGACAGCAACCUAGAGCUGCACGGGCAGGGCCCGAUGGGAAGGACAGAAGAGCCAUUGAUCCACCACCAAUUCUACAGCUAUUAAUGAACGAUUUCGAUCCUGAUUCUCCAGAUGAUGUGGCCGAAAUACAGAGUCAAUUCUGGAUUGUUCACUGCAGACUGGUGGCAGGGCACGCUCCGGACGUGGACGUGAGUACCGUGCAUCACACGACUGAGGAUGGGAAGAAAGAAGUGCAACGGCUACUUCUGGGUACCUGGGUGGCCAGCCCGACCACAACCCAAGACGAUCCCGAUCCUCAGACGAUGCCCUCUCACCCACAGACGAGACCACCGACAGACCCUCCUCCGAGUCCAACAACGAGAUUUUUGCCCAAUCCGGCAGAGCAGGGUCCAGGCAAAGCAGCAAGGCAUCCAUAUCAGAUUCCAGGCUGCUUUUUCAUCUUCGCCGACAUAUCGGUCCGCAGAGCUGGCGAAUACCGUUUACAUUUCACGCUCAUGAAGAUGGACGAAACGUUUCUCGAGAAGGGUUCACUUCUACCCUGCAUUCAUCAAGUGACAAGCGAGGUGUUCCGAGUGGUCAACGCAAAAGACUUUGAUCAAGUCCAACCUAGCACUAACUUGGUGAAAGGACUACUGGAUCGUGGGGCUGGAUUCCCUCUGAAAUUGAAGAAGGGCACAAGAGAGGGAGGGAGACGCAGAAGGCAACAAUCUGGAGAGAACAGUGAUGAUGACUCAAGAUCUGAGGAUAACGAGUAUUGA